CAAUGCAUUAGUAAUGCCUGUGAAGUGAUGUGCAGUCGGUUUGCAUUAAUUGUGGGUUUAAUUGAUUAGCAGUUAAUUGAAUGGAAGUGUUGAGGAAUGACAGGACAAGAGAUGGAUUCAAUCGACUUCACGGCAAGUAUUUGAAACGCUGUCUGGAAGUACUGCCGCACUCUUUGGCCACUCUCGAUGUCAGCCGCCUAACCAUCGCCUUCUUCGCCAUCUCAGGACUCGAUCUCUUGGAUUGUCUUCAUUUGAUUGAACCCCAGAAGCGGGACAUAAUUGAAUGGAUCUAUUCGUUGCAGAUUCUGGUCACUAAAAAUAAUGAAAGCGGCGGUCAUUGCGGUCGCCAUGGGUUUAGGGGUUCGGCAGCCAAUGGUAUGGACAACCCUUACGAUUGCGGAAACCUUGCGAUGACUUAUUGUGCCCUCUCUUCGCUACUAAUACUCGGCGAUGACCUGAAACGGGUCGACAAGAAGAAGAUUAUCGACGGCUUAAAAGAGCAUCAGUUGAGUGAUGGCAGUUUUGUUCCCGUUGUCUAUGAGAAGGAGAAUGACAUGCGAUUCGUUUACUGUGCGACGACUGUCUCGUAUAUCCUUAACGACUGGUCAGCCAUCGAUCGCCAAAAGAUUGUCUCAUUUAUAAGAAAUAGUUUCACCUAUGAGUGUGGGUUCGGUCAGUCGCCUGGUCUGGAAAGUCACGGCGGGUCCACGUAUUGCGCUUUGGCUGCGCUGACACUUAUGGGCGAAUUAUCGCAAUUAAGUGAUAAACAAUUGUCUUCCUUGAAAAGGUGGUGCCUUUUCAGGCAAACCAAUGGCUUUCAGGGCAGACCUAAUAAGGACGCCGACACUUGCUAUUCGUUUUGGUUGGGAGGGGCUCUCAAACUGAUCAAUGGUUACCAUUUAGUUAACACCGAAUUGAACACUAGCUUUAUAUUAGACACACAGGACAUGAUUACUGGAGGACUCGCCAAAUAUCCCGAUAGUAUUCCAGAUCCAAUGCACACAUACUUGGGUUUAAGUGGAUUGGCUUUAAAUUCAAUUAAUAAUUGUUUAUUGACUGUCAAUCCGGCGCUCAAUAUAAGUGAAAGAGCUGUUAAACACUUAAUUCAAUUGCAUUCUCAAUGGAAUGAUAAUUGAUUUUUA